AUGGCGAGGCUAAAUAAUACGCUUAUUGUCUACAAACGUAAACCCUACAAGCCGGUUCCGAGUUUGGUUGCUGCACACCGACAAAAUACGCUCGAGUCAAGGAAAGGGAAAGGUAUGGAGAAUGGUGGAGUUGCAAACAAGGGCAAACAAGCAACUACACCGGGAGAGAGUUCUGUUCAAAAGCCCUCUGGAACGGUCAAUCAACUGAACAAUAUGGUUGGUUCGAGGGCACCCGUUGCGCAAAUGAUUGCGAGCACAGCAGACAUAGAGGAAACCAAUAAGAGUUCGACAGUGCAGGUAAUGACUGAACCCAAAGCUCAUGUAGAGGAAAGAGCGGAUGGCGAGGGAGAUGGCCAGAAGGACAAAGGAGAUAACGAAGCUGGAGUUCAGAACAAGCCUCAGCAAGAAGUGGCACUUCCGAAUUCGUUGCAGUCUCGAGGACCAUCAACGCCGGCUAAGAAAGCAUUUGCGAAGAAGACUGCCGAGUUACAAAAUUCACGACUCCGCCAAGAGAAAAGAACGCCGCUCAGUAGGUUGAAAAAGGCACAACAACCAACUCCGGUCAAUAAAGCAGGAUUGACAGAGGAUGUAACAACAGAAAAAGAUACUCCUCGCGCCGGAGGAAGUCGAAGAAAGUUGGCUGAUGCAAUGCUAACAUCCGGUAAAGAAGCUGAAGUUGUAGCUUCAGCAAAGAAGCCAAAGCCUAGCGGCAAUCCAAGUGGCAAUCUAAAAGCUAUGGCCGAGGUACUCGCUCCUGUCGAACAAGCCAUGGAACUCACUCCUGUAGUCGAACAAACCAAGGAACCAAGUCCUGUAGCCGAACAAACCAAGGAACCCAGUCCUGUAGCCGAACAACCCAAGGAACCCAGUCCUGUAGCCGAACAACCCAAGGAACCCAGUCCUGUAGCCGAACAAACCAAGGAACCCAGUCCUGUAGCCGAACAACCCAAGGAACCCAGUCCUGUAGCCGAACAAACCAAGGAACCCAGUCCUGUAGCCGAACAACCCAAGGAACCUACUCCUGCAGUCGAAGAAGCCAAGGGACUCACUUCUAUAGUCGAGCAGGCCGAAGAUGAGAAUGGUUCAGAGGAAGAAAAUGUGACCGAGACUAUAGCCAAAAACUCUUAUCAGCCGGAUGUAGUGCACCAAUCUCGGUUGGAUGGCGAGAAUAAAAAGCAAUGGCUUAUAGAGUGGAAAGGAUAUCCAAAACAAAAAGAUUGGACUUGGGAGUCAGUUGAGAUGUUGCGGGAGGAUUGCCCAGAAUGGGUCGAGGAAAAGGAGAAUGGUUCGUUGAAUGGAGACGCUGAUGUUCACGAGGUCGAGGCAAUUCUGGAUAAGCGGAAGGUUAGGGGCAAGGUUCAAUAUCGUGUGAAGUGGGAGGGUUGGGAAGCCAAUUAUAAUACAUGGGAACCUGCGGAAAUGCUAGAAUGUGAUGUUCCGUACAUGGUGGAGGAUUUUGAAAAGGAGCUAAAGAAGACCGAGAAGAAACGAAGUGCAGGCAAAGCAGAUAUGGAUGGAGAGCUACCUGUGGCAAGGAAAAGAGGCCGACCUAGAAAGUGA